UCGAUCACGCUUCGGGGUCUAUUUGUUUGUAGGUGGGGGAGGGGGAAGAGGACGAUGACCACGCAUCCCCAUCCCCCCCACCCCGCCUCGGGCCUUCACUUCUGAAGUUUAAAAAUCGCUUGCUUCCUAGUUGGUGUCUUAAUGGGGAUUGUCGCCAGGGCUGUUUCUUACUCCGCUCCCGCUUCUCCCCCCCCCCUCAAAAAAAGAAAAAGAAUCAGCAGAUGGUGAGGGGAGGAAGAGCCACAGGCCGCGAACAAAGCAGAGAUCAGAGGCGUGGACUUCUUUAAAUAUAGAUCUAUAGAUAAAGGUUCAAUGCCUUGGAUGGGGGUGGCGUUGGGGUUGCAGAUGGGGGUCAAAGCAUGGCGCUGUCUUUUCAAGCUCGUUGAAGAGAGAGGAGGAGGAGGAGGCGGCGGGGGCAGGAAGUCGUCCUGAACGACGCGGUGAUAUGGCGCUUUCCACCGCAGCCGAUCCUGCAUCUUUGCCUUCUCAUGUUCUUGGUGAUGGGAGAGGCCGGUUUGGGUCUGCUUUCCUUCCCCCAUGCGCGCUCACCUCGUGCUAUUAAGACCUAUUUUAUAGCUUUCAUUUCUUUGCAACUGGCCUUUGUUGCUCUCGCGUUCCGGGUUUCUUUUCUUUCCUUUCUCCUAAAUGGAAGCACGAUUGGCCUGGCUUGAAAUUGUUCUAUGAUACCUUAUCUCCUGCAAGGUGGUGGUGGGAGGCGCUCAGGAUUGCUGAGUGCAAGAGAGCUGCGGGGGAGGAGGGGUGUAUGGUCUCUUCCUUGCUUUGCAGAAUCUCAUGGCUGUGCUGCUACUUUUAUAGCUCUGCAGAGGAAACACCAUGAAUCAGAACUGCAGGAUUUGAGAAAGUAUUUUGUAUUUAUGUAUCUAAUGUUUUGGAAUUGGAAAAAUGUUUUAUUGUACAGUUUAUGUGUAAAGUUAUGUGUCAAAAGUUAUGUGUCAAAUGGUCACCUAUAUAGUAGAUGUACUGCUGAUUAAUAGACUAAUCCUGAAUCUUCUUGAAUGGUUGCAUCUACCACUGAUCUAAGUAGAUACAAAUGGAUUCAGGAUUCUGUAAUAUACCUUACAGUUGAAGAUUUUAUUUCAUUACAGCUUGUUGUCUUAGAGUUUUUCAAAAUAACUAUUUCCUUCAAACUUUUUUUUAGUGCUAACUCAGAAUGUGUGAGAUUUGACUAGUGAAAAGGCAUAUCAUGUAUUGUAGGUAACUGUUAUUCCAAAUAAUACCUAGCAUAAUGGAGGCUUAACUCCAUACUCUAUUAAUGUAUUUUGAGUUUCCCCCCAUCACCUGGAUAGAAGGACCAUACUUGUACUGAGAUGCCUUUCUCUGAGUAAUGCAACAUUCCUUUUGUCAUGCAUUUUUCUAGUAAAAGCUCAGCAAGUCUGCAAUAAAAAUGGCCACCAAUAAAUCUACAUUGAGCCUAGGGCUUGCCGAUCUGAUCGGCGCGGUUUGAAUCCCUGCUCCUGCCAACCUAGCUGUUUGAAAGCAUGAAGUGCAAGUAGACAAAUAGGUACUGCUCUGGCGGGAAGCAUAAAAUGGGGAAAAAGCAGAACGGCAAAGGCAAAAAAGUUGAAGAAACAGAACCUGAAGAAUUCGUUGUGGAGAAAGUCCUGGACAGGCGUGUAGUUAAUGGCAAGGUUGAGUACUUCUUGAAAUGGAAAGGAUUUACUGAUGCCGAUAACACAUGGGAACCAGAAGAAAACUUGGAUUGUCCAGAGUUAAUAGAAGCUUUUCUGAGUUCCCAGAAAGCUGGUAAAGAAAAAACAGAGGGUGCCAAAAGAAAAUCUCUUUCAGAUAGUGAGUCUGAUGACAGCAAAUCAAAGAAAAAAAGAGAUUCUGUUGAUAAACCCAGGGGAUUUGCAAGAGGUCUUGAUCCUGAGCGAAUAAUUGGAGCCACAGACAGUAGUGGGGAACUUAUGUUUCUUAUGAAAUGGAAAGAUUCUGAUGAAGCAGACCUGGUGCUCGCCAAAGAAGCAAAUGUUAAAUGCCCUCAGAUUGUAAUUGCUUUUUAUGAAGAACGACUAACCUGGCACUCAUGCCCAGAGGAUGAAGCGCAAUAAUUGUUUGGGUUAUCCCCCUCCCCCUCCCUUUUUAUAUAUGUAUGAUUAUAACUUACCAGAAAUGUUGAAAGCUACGUUUUAAUGAGACAAGUUUGAUUAUUUUUGAAGUAAUGUGUUUUGCAUAAACAGAAAGGAAAGAAGAGUUUGUGCUAUUUGCUUUGUUUUAUUACCGGAGAGCAUUUGGUACUGCUUUCUUCAUUUUAGGCAAAGUGUUUUAUAAAACUUGAUAGUUAAUAGUGAACCCUAAUGGCAGAUUGAACAAAUUCACAAGUGUUUUUGUAGUUCUAUAUGACUGUUGUGCAUGCAUCUUUCCCCCAGUUUAGUCCUUUUAAGUCUUUAGUACUUGUGGCUACUUGGUUCUAAAGGGACCAGGUAAAAACUUUUUAGUAAGUGGAAGGUGCAGACUGUAUAUUAUUUACUUUAUUGUAAAUACUGGUGAACACUUAUCAAUAAAAUAGUUUUAUAUUAUUGUUCCUUGUUUUCCAAACAGCGAUAAGCUUAAUAAUCUUCAGAAAAAUAGCAUCCUCCAAUAAAAGCACUGGCACAAUGUUCACCAAGCAGAAUUGCUGCAAUGAGAUUUUCCAUGGCCCCUACUGUUUUGCCCACAACUUUCCUUGGCUUGUGUCUUAGAAUAAACUAACUUUUGUUUCAGGUGGCCAUACAAAUCUCUAGUAGCAUGCUUUAAAGUUUGACCCAACUGGAUCAUGAGCAGUAUUACAUUUCUCAGUUUCUAGAAGGUCAAUGUCCAGCCUUUGUUGCCAUUUCUCCAGUCAAAGCAAUUUGGUUUCUAAGGUGUUUACGCCGGAUUGAGAUGAGUUUGGCAUAAGUGUGUGAGAGGAUACAAAGCCAUGUUUUUACCUAGCGUCAUACUACAGACUGCUCUGGCAUGAUAUGUGCAACACAACAGCAUAGCUCAGCUAGUUAGAGCAUGGUGCUGAUAACACCAAGGUUGCAGGUUUGAUUCCCGUACCUACAUUGCAGGGGGUUGGACUAGAUGACCCUCAGGGUACCUUCCAACUCUGUGAUUCUAUGCAAUAUGGGCUAGUUCCUAGAAAACAUACAAAUUGUUGAUUUUGUGCAGUGACGUCAUGAGAAACAACCCAGUAUGUAUAAUAGUGCUGUGAAAAUAACUUUUUUCUAAAGUGAGCUAAACUCACUCUCACUGCUACUUUAACUGCAGGUGGAGCAAAUUUCUGGGUGCUAUCUUGCCUUGCAUUACAGAAGUGUAUACCUAAGUUCACAUAUGGCCUUUACACAGUACAGUUGUACCUUGGAACUAAAACGGCUUUGUUGCCUAACAUUUUGACUCCUGAACGAUUGAAAACCGGAAAUGAUGGUUCCGGUGUUCGAACGUUCUUUUGGAAGCCGAAUGUCCAGUCGGGCUUCGCGGUGAUUGGCUGCAGGAGCUUCUUGCGGCCAAUUGGAAGCAGCACCUUGGUUCCUGAACGUUUUGGAAGUCGAACAGACUUCCGGAACAGAUUCUGUUCGACUUCCAAGGUACUGUAUAUGUGAAUAGCAAUUUUGAAUAGUUCCUUCCUUUACACGCACAUGGAAAUACUAGCAAUGUAUACACACACGCACGCGUGUGUGUGUGUGUGUAUAAAUAUAUAAUUUGGCCAUUCAAGCCACAGUAGUUUUUUGCUUUCUAAUUCAUUGAAUUGCAAUCACAGGAAAGGGGCUGCCCACAAUGGCUGAGUCAUUAUAUCCCCUGCCAGUCUGUCUUGUCCAAAUGAGGGUAUUCUUGCAAUAUUAUUAUAAGAGUGUGAAAAAGAGAGCAGGACUGCACUCAUGCAGGUACAACUAUCUAUUACAUCUUUGACAUAGUCCACAGUGGAGGGAAAAGUGAAGAGGGGAAGCUGUUGUAUACAUGUGGAUUUCUGGUAUAAUUUUGAACCCUGUGUCCUGACAGUUCUUAAUCAUACUGACCUCUCUUCAGACCCCACCAGCGUGGAAUAUGGCAUAGAGAUGUGAUGGGGCAGCACCAGUGCAGUCCUUUUCUUUACAUGAUUAUAAUUGUAUUAUGGGAUGAAUGCAACUGAUAAAACUGUAAAUUAUUAUUAUUUUUAAGUAAUAAAAUAUUUUUUAAAAUGUGGAUAAUUGCCAUCAUAAAGCUGUUACGUAUUCCUCUUCUGCAGGUGAUUAUUCAUCAUAAGCUGUCUUUACUGAGCAGGUUCCCCAAUGCUCUGGUGUUACAGGAGUUGUACUGGUCCUAUUUUAAAAAUGGCAUUCCAUAAAAUGCAGCAAAACCAUUAGCCAUAGAAAUGGGGUUUCAACUAUUUUGGGUAAAUGGCAGUUUCUGAAAUAAAACUUGUUCCAGUCUCAAUCUUGAUAGUAUUAAAUCAACAUGAUCAUUUGAGAAAACAACUUUAUUUUCUUUUCUAAUAAUACUGUAGCAUAUUAGGACCAAAAUGCAUACUAGGAUGUCAGGGAUUUACCUGCUAGUAUGCACAUAAUUUUCUUGCUAAGGAUAGAAUAAGCAACAAAUAAAAAAUCACUAGUGCUGAAAUGAGAGCUUUUAAAUUUCAAGAUGCCAACUUUACAACAGCAACUAAAUUUAAAACGAGCUGCAUACAGGGCAGUGAAAAGUUUUUGAGAUACCUGGACUGCCACUAAAUACCAGCUUCCUAGUAGACAUUUUCAUCUGCAUUGCUACAGUCAGAAAAGGAAAGGAGGCAUCCAAUUCCUUACCUUUAGAAAAGCUUUCUAUUGAUUCAAUGUGUUACUGCUUGAUGGGAAGAUUACUGUAAUUGGAGAUGUAGUAAACUUAACAGUCUGAAGCCCCUUGGAACACAAGGUGGUAAAUGUGAGCUCUCUCUCUUUUUUUUUUUUUACUGACUUGAGUAUUAUUGUGCUUUCCCUUGUCGGGUCAGUACAUGAGCUGGUUUUAACAAGAAGUCUCAAAACUGGUCAAAGUGAGCUAUAAUGCAUCAAGUAUCUCAGAAGUGAUAAAAUGGAUAGAACGGAACCUUUCAUUUAUGAGAAAAUUGAGUCUUCUGAAUAUGGUAUUGAAAAAAAUAAGGUUUUCAUAUGUGACUCCCUACAUUUCAAUAAAACAUUUCCUUGCUCCUGU